ACUCAUGCACGCAUUAUCAAUAUUCAAGCAAAAAUAAGAAUAGGAGAUCCAGAGGGCUCGCUUAUAUGAGCAAUCCCUAAAAAUGAAGGAAUUACAAAAAAGUUAAAUCCUCCUGAAAUCUUGUGAAAGGAUGCAAAUGUUAUCCGAUAGAUAAAUGCAAAAAUUGAGACAAAGCCAGCUUUCUGUUGUCAAACAUGAAUAGAACCAUUUACGAUUCAAAUCACAAGAAAGAGAUGCCAUUCAUAUUCACACUCGGUACAUAACUUUUCUAAGAAUUUAGUCCCAAAAUCGAACUAGGAAAGGAUGCUUACGAUGAAUGGGUUAAGACACAAAGGAAAAUGCAAUCAAAAGAGGAGAGCCAAAAGUUAGAUAAAUUUUAAGCCAAAAUAUCAAAGGCCAAUGAAAUAAAACUGAUGUAGGAGCAGGAACUAUCAAGCAAAUAGAAGUUAAGAAUUCAAACCUAGUUGAUUAAGGAAUCAAUUCAUAAUGAGCAAUAACUUAAAUUAUAAGUAUAUUAUAAAUUAUCAUGUAGAAAAUUUAAAAAUAAGAAUAUGCUAAAUUACAACUCUUAUGA